AUGCGGUCCAGCAUCGCCUGCGCUCGAUGCCGGCGCAGUAAGAUCAAGUGUGUCAACGCUGGCAUCGACACCACCUGCCGCGCCUGCGAGUCUUCUGGCCGCGACUGCGUCUAUCCCACCCCGGCCAUUGGCGUUACCGGCAAGCGCGACCUGGCAGCCCUAGCAGAAGGGGAGGACCGGAAUGGCGACUGGGAUGGCCCGAAGCGUUCGCGCCCUCGCAAGUCAAUCGGUAUGUCGGGCGCGUCAGCCGGCUCCAAGGCUGGGCUGGAUGCGCUGGACUCAUCCAUUCUCACGAUGAAAGUUUGGGAGGCCGUCUUAGAUCUCUUCCAGUCGCAUUUUGCAACACUUCUGCCCUUCUUACACCCGGCGACCUUUCUCGGCCAGAUCCGCCAACUCUCGACCCCUUCUGCACCACCCCCGGCGGCUCCAUUCGACGGCCAGGAUCUGGCGCGCGAUCCAAGUCACAAGACAGAUCCUUUCUCCGCGUUGAUCCCACUGGGCGUACUCGCCCUAACCGCUCGUUUCCAUCCUUCCCUGGUGGCUUUCCACUCGCCAGCCCCGCCCGGCCACGCUUCCAACCCUCUCGCCGCAUCCGAAUACUAUGCGACAGCUUUGCGCAGCCGACUGGCCGGCCUGGAUGGCGCCAGCCUUGCGGUGCCAGACCUAGCUCGUGUGCAAGCGCUGCUGAUGCUGGCGCUGCAUGAGUGGGGGAUGUGCCGAGGCAAAAGCGCCUGGGUAUACGUGGGCAUGGCCAUUCGUCUAGCACAAGCCAUGGGUCUUCCAUUCGAACUGGAGAACGAAUUUCCAGCGCGCGAUGUGUCGCGCUCGUCGCCCGGGUUCAAGGCCGAGACGGAUCACUUCGGUCUGCCACGCCGCGUGGAGCCAAAGGAACUGACUUCCGACAUGAUCAUUGCCCAGGAGACCAAGCGCCGGACCUUCUGGGCCUGCUUCCUGCUCGACCGGUGCCUGAGCAGCGGAAAGUAUCGGCCUCGGAUGAUCCGGGUGAAGGAGCUCGGCAUCCAGCUUCCGAGUGACAACGCUUUUGCCUUCGGCGAGCGGGUACGGACAGCACGUUUGAAUGAGCCGACAGGGCGCCGUCCGCAGAGCUUCGGUUCACAGGGUGUGCAAAUUCCUAGCAUCCGCCAGAGCAUCGGCGGAUUCGACGAAAAGCUUCCCGCCGCUAAUGGCCCCUCCGACGGGAAAGCCUGGUCACCCAUCUCGCGCCGCAAGGAUUCAAGCGAAGACGAUGUUGAUCGGUGGGAAGUCGGUGCGGAGGAAUCAGUACUGAGUCGAGAGAUUCGCAUCAUCCGCAUCUGGGGACGCAUUGCCAAGUGGUCGUGUGCUGGGGGUCGACGAACCGAACAAUACCCGCCCUGGAACCCGGAGUCCCGCUUUGCGUCUCUGCGCAUGCAACUGAAUGGGUUCCAGGACAGUCUGUCUCGCAACUUGCAGUAUUCCCUGCGGAAUACCGAUCACCACAUCAUGUACAAGACCACCCUGGCGUCCUACACCGUGAUGCAUGUCGUCUACUUCCUGUCUGUUAUUGUCUUGCACCGCGCUUAUAUCCCCUUCCUUCCUCUCCGUUGCAACGAGCCUGUCGGUCCAUUGGACGACCCAUUGUUCCCAUCUGAUAGAGUCAGCGGUCAGCCAGAGGCCUUCUGGCGCGACAGUGCGCGAGAGCUGUUCAAGGCUGCCCGGCAGAUGAUCGAUCUCGUAGCUACCUGCCAAGGGCGGGGUGCACUUGUUGAGAACCCCCUUGUUGCCUUUGCAAUCUAUAACGCCGCCUUUAUCGGCGUUUAUGGCACGCAUUUCCCACACAUGGAUCCCGAUGGACUGCUCGGCAUCAAGCCGCCCCCGGCGAGUCACGACAGCAAUCAGCUAGGUGCCGUGCAGGCCCGCAAGGCACUCGAUCUCCUGCGCGAGAUGCGCCCUCGUCUGAAGAUGGCCGUGGAAUGGUUCCGCACACUGAACCGUUUGCACAGCUACUUGUCCAGAGUUCAGCGCGAUUUCCGCCGGCACUCCCGCAGCCGGCUAGACAGCAUGUCCGAUGCGUCGGAGCACGCGGCCACCAACGGCGUACGACCUGUCCGCGAGGGUGGUGCCGGUGGCGGCCUGAAAGAGUUCAAGCUCCUUGAAAAGCUCUUCCUCGACUUUGGCACGCUCGAGGACCAACUCCCCGAGUCGCUAGACGACGACGGCACCGCGAUAGCCGUGACCGGCGAGCCGAUGCACGAGCGCACGACAAACCUCAGCGACGCCGGCAGCAACGCCGUCAAGAGCGACGUCGGUGACGGCAGCGAGACACUCGACGGCGCCGGUGGCCGCCGAGAGUCCUGGGUCCCCGUCAACAGCCCGGGCCUUCCCCUACCCGGCCACGAAGGCGACCGCCGCCCUAGCCUUCCGCUCCCAAACAGCCGGCCUAUGCCCUCGCAGUCCCCGUACUCGCUGCCCUCCCUGCAGCAGCAUCACCCAGACGGGCCCAUGUAUACCUCUUCACCACCCAGCCUGCCCAGCCUGUCGGCAACCACUCAGUCUCCGUCGCAGUAUCUCACUGCAACAAGCAACCGCCUGCAGCCGAUCAACUCGUGGCUCCCAUCGCGCCCGUCCGCGCCACCAACCCCCUAUUCUCAGUCCCUCCCCCCUAUCAACGCACCUGCCCACCACGGCCUGCCAGUCCUCCCACCUCCUGGCUCGGUUUCGCAGCUCGCCCCCUCGCCCCCGUUGACGUCGACCGAAGGCCCCGACACAAGUCUGCUGUCGACUAGUCUGGGUGGCGACGACGUGCUCGCCUUCCUGGAUGGAUGCGAGUGGGCUCAGUUGUCGGUCAAUGCGCCUUCUGAGAUUGGCAUCCCGGCUGGCUGGCUGAGCGCAGUGUGGGCGGACUUCGCCAGGUAG